AUGGAUAAAGCUACUAGAAUUGCUAUUGUCUCGACUGACAAGUGUAAGCCUAAGAAAUGUCGUCAAGAAUGUCGUAAGGGAUGUCCUGUUGUCAAGACUGGUAAAUUGUGUAUUGAAGUUACACCAGCUUCCAAGAUUGCAUUUAUUUCAGAAAAUUUGUGUAUUGGUUGUGGUAUCUGUGUCAAGAAGUGUCCAUUCGAUGCCAUUAACAUUAUUAACUUGCCAACCAAUUUGGAGGCUGAAACCACCCAUAGAUACUCGGCAAAUUCUUUCAAGUUGCACAGAUUACCUACCCCAAGACCAGGUCAAGUGUUAGGUUUAGUUGGUACCAACGGUAUUGGUAAAUCGACCGCAUUAAAGAUUCUUGCUGGAAAGCAAAAACCAAAUUUGGGUAGAUACGAUAACCCACCAGAUUGGGAAGAUAUCUUGAAACAUUUCAGAGGUUCUGAAUUACAGAAUUACUUCACUAAAGUGUUGGAAGAUGACAUCAAGGCCAUCAUUAAGCCUCAAUAUGUUGAUAACAUUCCUCGUGCUUUGGCCAAGUCCAAGGUGAAAGAUGUUGAGUCCAUUUUGAAGGCCAAGAGUGAAAAGCCUGACAAAUGGGACUACUUCAUUAAUGUUUUAGAAUUAGGCGGUGUGAUGAAGAGAGAUGUUGAAAACUUGUCCGGUGGAGAAUUACAAAGAUUUGCCUUGGGUAUGACUUGUGUUCAGGACGCUAACGUUUACAUGUUCGAUGAACCAUCCUCUUAUUUGGAUGUUAAGCAGCGUUUGAGAGCUGCAGAAAUCAUCAGAUCUCUUUUGCACCCUACUUGUUACGUCAUCUGUGUGGAGCACGAUUUGUCUGUUUUGGACUACUUGUCUGAUUAUGUUUGUAUCUUAUAUGGUACUCCAUCCGUGUACGGUGUAGUUACCUUGCCAUCUUCCGUUAGGGAAGGUAUUAAUAUCUUCUUGGAUGGUCAUAUUCCAACUGAAAACAUGAGAUUCAGAACUGAAUCCUUACAAUUUAGAUUGUCAGAUGCCAAUGACUUUUUGGAGUUGGACAAAUCUAAUGCUUAUCAAUACCCAAGUAUGGAAAAGACCCAAGGUGAUUUCCAUUUGAAGAUUGAAGAAGGUGACUUCACAAACUCUGAAAUUUUGGUUAUGAUGGGUGAAAACGGUACAGGUAAGACUACUUUCUGUAGAUUAUUGGCCGGUUUAACUACCCCAGAUGAUGCCAAGAAAGCUCCUAAGAUGAAUGUUUCCAUGAAGCCUCAAAAGAUUGCUCCUAAGUUCCCUGGUACUGUUAGACAGUUAUUCUACAAAAAGAUCAGAGCUUCCUUUUUACACCCUCAAUUCCAGUCUGAUGUCGUUAAGCCAUUGAGAAUUGACGAUAUUAUCGAUCAAGAAGUUCAACAUUUAUCUGGUGGUGAAUUACAAAGAGUUGCCAUUGUGUUAGCGUUAGGUAUCCCUGCCGAUAUCUAUUUGAUUGAUGAACCAUCUGCAUACUUGGAUUCCGAACAACGUAUUAUCUGUUCCAAGGUUAUCAGAAGAUUUAUUUUGCAUUCUAAGAAGACUGCUUUCAUUGUUGAGCACGAUUUCAUCAUGGCCACCUAUUUGGCUGAUAGAGUCAUUGUCUUUGAAGGUAAAGCUUCCGAGGAUGCAGUUGCCAGAUCUCCCGAAUCUUUAUUGACUGGUUGUAACAGAUUCUUGAAGAAUUUGAAUGUUACCUUCAGAAGAGAUCCAAACUCCUUCAGACCAAGAAUCAAUAAGUUGGAUUCUCAAAUGGAUAAGGAACAAAAGCUGACAGGAAAUUAUUUCUUCUUGGAGAAUACUGGAUUGUGA